AGGUGCCAUAGGCUAACUGCAUUAUAAUCAGCAUAGGCAAGUAUUUUAUGGAUAUUUGAAGAGGAGUACUAAAAGGUAGAAGAGAUAAUCAGAUCAAAAAAAAAAUGGGCAAAACAGUUUUGAAACUUGUUCGUCGCAUAAAUGACAAAUUAUCGAGGAAAAAAAUUCUCUCAAAGGUGAAGAAAGAACCAAAGCGUAAAAACAGACUCAAACCACCUCCAGAGGUGACUAGAAAGAAACUCCAACCACCACUGGAAGGUUGGAAAAGAAAAAGGAUCAUUAAACUCUUCGAACAAGGGUUGAAUGUCGUCGCGAUCGCUAGAAGACUGGAAAUUGCAAAUUCAUGCGCCAGUAGGAUUUUGAAAAAGUAUCGCGAGACGGGGAGUCUUCAGCCAGGCGUUGCGGGGGCAGUAAGUAAAGUUUACACUCCUGAGAUUGUGAAGAAAAUUAUUGAAUUGAAACGAGAGAACCCAAACAUAUACGCAUGGGAGAUUCGAGACAGGUUGAUAGAGAAGCCUCCAGCCUCUUGUAUAUCAUCGAUAAAUCGGAUACUACGGCUGCACCGAUCAGAGUGGAAACCGGAAGUGAGAGUUGUGAGACGGAGAUAUAAGAAACCAACGGCACUGACGCCGGAAGUAAUCGCAAAAAUAAUGGAAUAUAAAACUGAAUCUCCUCUGACUGUCGUUCGAAAAAUUCGAGAACGUUUGUUAGCUGAAGGCAUUUGUGACGACGAUACUUUACCGAGUAUUACUACUAUACGGAGAUACUUAAGAAAAUCAAACAUUUCGUUACGUCAGAUUUUAAAUCGAACCAGACCAGACGCUACUCUUGAAUCUGAUGUUCUAUCUUCCGCUGAAGCGGAUUACGAAGAAGAUAUGCCACCUAGUGGAUUUAGGAUAAGUGAAAUAGAUCACGAAGAUGAUACACCACCUAGUGGACUAGAGAUACCUUCACUUCUACGUCGAGAAAAUUUAACGACAAAUCCAACAGCGCUGUAUGAGGUACGCGUACUAGAGCAAAGCGCAACUGAGGCUAAGCCAGAAAAUAGCUUAGUAUCGUUAAAUCGGAUACGAAGGCUUCACCAAUCAGAGAAAGAGCCUGAAAAAGGAGUUUCUAGAAGAAGUUAUAAGAAACCAACAGAAUUAACGCCGGAAGUAACUGCAAAAAUAAUGGAAUAUAAAACUGACACUUCUUUAAUUGCCGUGCGAAAGAUAAGGGAGCGUUUGUUCAAUGAAGGGGUGUGUAACGACGAUAAUUUGCCGAGUAUUACUACAAUACGACGAUACUUGCAAAAUUUGUACAUUUCGCUGCGUCAUAUUUCUAAUCGAACCAGAUUAGACGCUACUAUUGAAUCUGAUGUUCUAUUUUCUGCGGAAACGGAUUACGAAAGCGGUAUGCCACAUAGUAGACUUAGGAUAACGGAAAUCGAUUAUGAAGACGAUAUGCCACCUAGUGGGUGUCAGGAAAAUUCAACGACAAAUCCAACUGCAUUGUAUGAAAUUCAGAUUCCAGAGCAAAGCGUAACCGGCUCUAAACCAGAAAGAUCAGAAUCUGAAAUCGAUGCACCAUUUAGUGGUCAUGACAUACCGAAGAAAAAUGUCACACCUGAAAAACGACGAAAAAUCAAGAUUAAUCCACCAAAACGUAAAACUACAGUCAGCAAAGACUUUGUACAGAAUAAACAAUCAGAAUUUGCUAUUGAUUUACCUUGUCAAAGCGACACGACUUUACCGCCCAAAAAGCGGAAGGCAAACAGGGUUCCCCAUACUACUGAUGUCUUCCCUUUUGGGGAACAGACUAUAAAUGUCUCUAUUUUCAAAGACUUUCCUCAAUUAUGGGGAUCUGGGGACUUGAUUGACUAUUCUCAGAAGCGAAAUUCUCUGAAACGUAAAGUACCAAUGCAGUGCUUAACUGGGCAAAUCCCUGAAAGUGGGGAUUCUGUCGAUUCAAAUGCAAAAAGGUUGUACAAAAAGUCUCGAUCAGGGGACAAUUCUCCUUUCAGAAAUUUUAAUGAAUUAGAAGUCGCUGAGCCGUGCAAGGUCGUCAGGUUAAAUGAAAUUAACAAUUAUUCGUGUUUGAACACGCAGAACCAAAUGAACCGUAUCGUCUACUCCUCUAGCAGAAUAAAUGGGCCUAAUUUCAAUGAAUCAGAUUCUGGCUGCGCUACCUCGUCUUGGUCUAUUGAACAAGACUCCGCCCACAUUGAGGAAGAAUCGAUUCAACCAAAUUUUGAUUGUAAAAUUGAUAAAUCGUCGCCGUCUUGGGAAGAAAAAAGCCUUGAGCAAUUUAUAUCGACUCCAACCACUACCGAUAAACUCAAACCACCACCUCUUGUGAAUUGUUUCGGAAAACCUCCGAGGCCGAUGCGACAUCGGCACGUUAAAUUUGAACUUCCAAUGGAAUUGCUCUCAAGCUAACGUUGGUGGGGAGAGAGCCCGAAAAAAUUGAGCUCAAUUAUCGUCGAUUGAAAAAGGUGUCGCCUUCGACACAAUUAAAAUUUCAGAUUUAUUUGUAACAUUUCAAUUAUACCAAUAUCUCAAUUAUGCGUACCGGUAUCGAUCGGCCCCUUGAGGGCACUUUCCUGGCCUGCGAAUAUCCUUCUAAAUUUGGCCCCCAAGUUAAAUAACAUUGGGAACUACUUAGAAUAUUUGAAAUUGAUUUUUUUGAUAUUUGGGCAAUGUAGAAUGAUUUACUAUUCUAGGAUACUCAAAUUGAAUCCAAAUACCGAAUCCUAUUCUAUUUUUAUACUUAGAUAUUUAAAUAGUGGGAAAUUCCCACCACAUUGCUGGGUUAAAAUUGUAAAUGUAUUAUUGUCUUCUUAUUUAAUUGGAAUUGUCCUGAGCAUUGGAUUUUAUUUGACACGAACAGGUAUUUUUCAGACCAAUGGCGCUCCAGUUGCAUGUUGCAUGUGUACCAGGUUGAGGUUAGGCCAUAAUUUUGUUCCGAUUUUUCGGGGACAAGCCAAGUGACUCUUGUAGUAUUUGUAUCUAAAUUUAUGGCCUAACUAUAACCUGGUACACAUACGACGUUUCGGUGUCCGCCAUGCUGGUGCACAUACUUCUGGAGUACCAUGAAAUUUAAUGAAGCGGAAACUGAAUCCUAUUAUCGGAUUCUCUGGGACUUGAAUCCUUUAGAUUAUGUAUUCUGAAUUGUCCACUCCUAAUUCACAUCUUGUGCUUCGAACAAGGCAUUGCUACCCAACCUUUUUCACUUUGCACCCAUUUUUUUUUGCCCAACCCACAAUGAGAUUGUGGUUGACAUAUGCGAAAAGAAACAAUGUAUCCCCAUGCAAUUUACCAUUAACGCGAACUUUUAGCUUGCAUACUGGAUAUUAUUUGAUCAGGUUGAGACAAUCUCACGCGCAACGUAGUAUUAAAACUCAACACAUUGUGUUUUGGCUCGAAGUCGAGUCAAUGUUGUGACCCAGUGGUUGAGAAGCACUGGCCUAUGGGCAUGUUUUUGGAACCAAGAUAUGCUCUCUGUGAAUGCUGUGAUGCCCAUAUAGUUGGGUCUAAUCCAGACAUGGCCAAAGUACGGCCCGCGGGCCGAAUGCGGCCCCUGGGGUAAUUCAAUCUGGCCCGCCUGAUGCUGCCACAACCAGACUGUGAAACCAAAUUUUUAUGUUUCAGCUCAAAAUAGCUCAAGGAAUUUGUUGAGAUUGUGGUUAAAUUUAGUUUUGGCAUGAGGCUUAUUGUUUUCCAACUUUGCUUUAUAACACUGUAAAUAUUGUUCAUAAAAUGGAACUUUUUUUACGUCACACUUAAUGGCCCACCAGACCACCUCUGGUCUAAGGCCACCAUGCCAUGUCGCAGGUGUUUGCUAAACACAUUCACAUUUUUUAGUUUUUUUAAAUAUUUUUUGCAAUUGAAUUGUGACGAAAAGAAUUGCGUUAGACACAAUCAAUUUUUUUUGCAUUGUGACAUCAUGGUUCAUCUGUUCAAAUAUGGCCAGGGGAGGGCAUAAGGGGCAGUAGCCAAAAGAGCUUGAUCUUUAUACAUUGAAGAGGGGCGAGUAUGUUGCUUGGUUUGAUUCAAUAAUAAUAGAAACACUCUUAUAUUUGACCAUGUGUAUAACAAUGUCUAUAAUUUAUUUAAUUCCCCGAAUUAUGAAGUUAGGUAUAAGGGUCAUCAUUAUCAGAAACUCGCCUAUGCAGCAGAAGAGUUUCACAUGCCGCUGAAUAUGUUAUAUGGCCAUCUAUAUUUUACAGUUACUUAUAUUUUCAGUUCUGUGUCAAUCAAAACAAUGGAAUUAUUAUUUGAAUAUGGUGUUUUUACAUUAUUUGGUUAUAAAUUAUAAUUUUGAUUUAAUAUAUAAGAUUGAAAAAUUAUGGAAGUGUACAUUUUGUUUAUGUGAAGCUGACAGAUUUUGAAAAUAUUCGUUUUUUUAUCAUGAAGUCAUGACAUUCGAAAAUGAAAUUUUAUUUGAUCGAAACGACAUUUGUGCCAAACACAAUGAAAAAUUAUGGAAGUGUAAACUUUGUUUAUGUGGAGCUGACAGAUUUUAAAAAUCUUCGUUUUUUUUAUGAUGAAGUCAUGGCAUUCAAAAAUGAUUUUUUAUUUGAUCAAAGCGACAUUUGUUCCUAACGACAACUCCUCUCUAUCUGCAUUUGAAUUAAUGAAUCAUGGGGUUUAAAAUAGAGAGUUAAUAAAUGCAGGUUGAAAUGGAGGUUAAAACAGUCGCUUCGGACUUAGAAUUAUUGCAAUGUUAUAUGUACUGUAAUUUCAGUCAUGUGUUAUGUUAAGGUCUCCUUAUUUUUGCAGACAAUGUUCAAUCAUUGCUCAUUGUUUGAUUUUAUUUAGAAUUAAAUCCAAAAUGCACUGAAUCGUUCAAGAAAGCAAUCGCUUCAACAAUCGAAUCCCUCGAGCGUUUGAUAACAAAAUUAAUAACUACAAAUCAUAUAGUCCAGUGAUUCCUAGACUGCGCAUAACGAUUUAAUAUUCCCGCCUAAUUUAAGUGAAAUAGUUUAACUGUAUGUUUUUGCAGUCUAGAUACCGUCAAUUGUUCUGUCAACAUCCCAAUUUAAGCACGUGUAUACUCGUAACAAUUUAAUCAUACCAUUAUCUUAAUUAUAUGUACAGGUUUUAACCCCCUUACGGGUGCUUCCCCCUUUCCCGGCCUGCAAAUAUCCUUUUGCUUCUAAUUUUGGUCAAUCAACUCGGUCAAUCAACUUUGAUUUUUUUCAAAUUUUGGUUUAAACCAACCGAUUCUCUUAGAUUAUUUUAUAUAUCAGGAGUUUUCAUUUGGGGCCCUUGGUCCCCGAGGGGGCUAUGGAGCCGAUGGAAGGGUCCCACAAUGCUAGACGCAAAACUGAUUUUUCUAUUUUUUCCUUUACAAGAAAACUUUCUUCCUAGUUUCAUUGCUUGAUAAGGUUAUUUCACUUCAUUGAGCAUGAAUUGUUGGAGCAUAAUGGGAUUUGGAAUCUAUGAAUCAUAUAAAUACCACUAUAAUGAUAAACAGGGCCUAUAAGGUUGGGAACCACUGUUUUUUAUUAUAAUUCAGAGCCGGAAUUUUGUUUUUCCUAUCAUCCGAGUCAAUGCACUUGACUAGGUCUUUUCGCCAUAAUGUCUCUCCCCCAGGGCCAUGAUAGACUUGAACUACCAUUUUUCUUUCUUGUUAUUUAUAAAUGUUAGUUGUUUUAUCAUGCCAAACAUUUUUUUUUCGUUAUUGUGUUAUGUUUUUCCGUUGAAUGUGAAUAAUAAAAUUGGUUUAUUCGGAGUUAA